AUGCAGGCCUCGUUCGUCGGCACCACCCUCCGCGUCGCGGCGCCCGCCAAGCGUGCGGAGCGCGGGCAGCUCCAGGUGGUGGCUAACGCGCCGAAGAAGAUCGACAUCACGAAGCGCGGUCUGGAGACGGUGGCGGACGACACGAUCCGCAACAACCUGAAGGGCACGUCGCGCUUCAUGGACAAGAAGGACUGGGUGGACUCGUCGGGGCGCAAGGGCAAGGGCUACGGCGUGUUCCGCUUCGCCGACAAGUACGGCGCGAACGUGGAUGGCUACUCGCCGAUCUACACCCCGGACACCUGGUCGGAGUCGGGCGACACGUACAAGCUGGGCACCAAGGGCCUCCUCGCCUGGGCCGGCCUCAUCGUGGUGCUGCUCGGCGUCGGCAUCAACCUGAUCGUCUCGACCUCGCAGCUCGGCAACUAA